CUACCUUGUGCACAGCCCUGCCCUGAGACCAGCUGCUCUGGAAAUCUUUACCCUGCGGUAAUUCCGCGUUCACCUCCGACCAAACACCUCCCUGUCUCGGCUGACUCUUGCCAAAACUUUUACAGCCUCCUCAAGUAGCGUAAGUAAGUCCUUUUUUAUUUUUUUUUUAAGGUUUUGUGACUGUAGUAGCGCUAAUGGGAGAAAUGACGGAGCAAAAGAACUUGUCUGAAGUUAUUAGUCAGAUAUUUAAAGAAGUGCCAGCUGCCAGGAGGGAUCUUGUUGAUAACCACAGUAACCUCCUCCGCGUCGCAGAUUACUGCGAGAACAAUUUUCUUCAGGCAGAGGAUUCAAGCAAGGCUGUUGAAGAAGCCAAGGGUUUGGCUGCCCAGGCGCUGGCUAAUGUGGCCUACCAGAUCAACAGUCUGGCCAGCUCCCUGCUGAGGCUGCUGGACUCACAGGCCAUGCAGAUCAGAGAUAUGGAGUCUUCAGUCAACCUGCUGUCACUGGCUGCAGCUAUCCACUUUGAGACAGCAGCCAGGAGAGAAAUCGGUGCUUUUACUACUCCCAAAAACAGGAGCCGCUCCAAUCCAAUGAGCCCACCGACUUCAGGCAAGGAGCCGGAGAGAAGCUACUUAAGAGAGCCGAUAUCAUUCUACAUCUUGGACUCCAUUGGACUCCGUUUUGGGGUCGCUGUGCAGCCGCCCGAAAAGAGAGCAGACACCACAGAGAGCAUACAGAACAGUGCUGACUUCUCUGUAUCCCGUCUUGGCAUCGCCGUGCCUCCGCCAUCAAUCCCCACCCUGCGAACUGUCUCCAACCCCACCAACGACAGCCUGCCCCCCCCUUCUCCUCCUCCGGGCGAUAUGGACCCCAAUAUGCCCGCUCCUUCUCCUUCUCCUCCUCCACCCCCACCUCCCUCUUCCUCCAUGGACACUGGCUUCCCCCCUCCUCCGCCCUCCUUCACCUCACAAACAUCUCUCCCCCCACCUCCCCCUCCUCCGCCCUCCUUCACCUCACAAACAUCUCUCCCCCCACCUCCCCCUCCGCCGCCAAUCUCUCCAUGUAAUGGCCCCCACGCACCUCCACCUCCUCCUGUGGCAGGAGGGGCCCCUUUUCUUCCUCCACCUCCUCCAGUAUCAGGAGCUGCACCCCCCUCCUCCUCCUCCUCCUCCUCCUCCUCCCCCUCCUCCACCCCCUCACACCGGCACCUCUCGAAUUGUGCCCCCACCACCUCCUCCCCCUCCCCCUUUUCUCCACUAAUGAACAUUACGUUAUUGGAUUUUUUUUUGUAAAACUCGCAGGCAUGCUGGGUUUUGGCAUUAGAUGUGUAAAACAUGUGCAGCUUAUGGGAAAUAUAAUUUAAAGCCUUGUUGUGAGAUCAACGUUAAGCAUCAAUAAAAAGCUUGAAGAAGUGUG